GGCGGGGCCUGCGCCCCCCCCCAUGUCAACACGCGGGGCGCGGGGCGCGUGCGCGGCGCUCGCGCGUCUUUUCCUCUCAUGCGCGGUCUUUGCUUCCCGCGCGGGGGCCGGGCCCGGGGCCGGGGCCGGCGGGCGGAGGAUGGCAGAGGACUCGCCGAAGCGGCGCAAGGCGAAUUUCAACGAGGCGGAGACGGAGGUGCUGAUCGAGCAGGUGCUGAAGCACGAGCAGCUGCUGUUCGCGGCCGGGCCAGGCCGAGCGUCGCCGGGCCAGAAGCGGCGCGUGUGGGAGCUGAUCCGGCACAAGGUGAACCCCGUGGCCGCCUGCCCGCGCGCCGUCGAGGACCUCAAGAAGCGCUGGCGGGACCUGAAGCGCCGCGACCGCAGCAAGCUGUGCCGCCUCCCGCCGCCCGCGCCGCCGCCGCCCGGCCUCGGGCUCGGCCUCGGCCUUGGCCUCGGCCUGCUGCUCGACCCCGACGACUGCCCGCCGCCUGCGCCGCCCGAGCACCCGCCCGCGCCCCGCGUCUACGCCUCGCUGCUGUCCGGCGCUGCCGCCGAGGCCGUGCCCAUCGUGGGCGGCAUCGAUACGCUGGACCUGCCCGGCGCCUCCGUGCUGGACCUCGGGUUUGCUGAGGACCCCGGACCAUCUCACCAAUCCAGUCUUGACAAGAUGAACCUAAAAGAAGAAAUAGUAGUGAAGGUAGUGGAGCCAGAGGAAAGCUUGGAGGACAUGGCUGUGGUUCCACCCAGCCAGGAACAACUAUCUUUUCUGGGGUCAUCUUCUGGCAGCUCCUCUGGGAAAGGAAAAGCUAAAACAAAAGGCCGAUCCCAGACAGACCAAAAUGAAAUUACUGAAGAGGACCUAAUACAGAUGCAGCAGACCCAGAUGCAGGUGAUCCAGUCUGGCUUUGACAAUGUUAACCACAAUCUUCGGCUGCUGCAGCAAGGCAUACAAGAUCUCAGCAAUAGCCUCAGCAUCAUGGCGCACACGUUGGUGGCUAUAAAAAAUGUCUACGUGAAAAACAACACGGGCCCAACCACCUAUGCCACUGUCUCCACUCAGACCACAGCUGGGUACCUGAGCCCUGCAUCUCCCCAGAUAUCCCCAGCUGAGGACAGGGGCAGAGCACAGGUGGCUGGAAGCAGCAGCAGAAGCAGCAGCUGCAGUUCCAGCUCUAUGUCUCAAGAGCCAGGCCCUUCCGAGUUUCCCAGACCCCCUUUGAGAACCAUUAAGAAAGAACAUCCCAAUGGCUGCUACUAUUUCUGUUUUGCAGAUGUGUAAAACUUGAAUACAUGUAAUAGUGACUGUGGUGUUAGAGGUGCUGUUUUAUGUUCUGCUCCAGCCUGAUGGAGCAAACUGGACUUGCCUCCCACUCUUUUUUUUUUUCCCAGUGGGAAAAGUUUUACAGUAGGUGGCAUUAAACACUAACUACAAGUCUCCCAUUUCUUAACUCUUAAGUGUUGCAGUUGAUUACUGUCUGUCUGCUGUUCUCUUCACCAUCUUCCACUUUAAAAAAAAAAAAAAUCAAAAUUAUUUUGACCAAGACACUUGUCUGUAUCCUCUUUCACUCAAUGUGACCUUUUGAAAAUAAAAGGCAUGAUGAAGUAGGGUGAAA